AUGACUUUCCAGAACUCUGGUCGCCCACUGCCACGAGCCAUUUCAAGGGAAAAAAUCAGCAUCUCUGUGCGAGAAACGGCCAAGCACCAGAGUAGUAGGCAUGCACACCUGUGGCAGUUCGGCUUCCGACGGUCCGAGCUGCUGCCCGCCAGCAACAACGGGUCGGACCCCAGCACGCAGGGCGUCGAGGCUGUGCACUUCAGUGUCAAGAAAGACAAGACCGGAGUUCCCAGUGGAGAUGCCUAUGGGCAAGCCGUAUUUGAACAAAUGGGCUUUGUCAAAGAGCAGCCACGUCGCGUGCAGGCCAUGGAGUAUCUCCGGCCUGGAUCAGAGAUCCCGAGGAGACGGAGCCCGAGGAGAGCAACGAGGAGAGCAACGACCCAAACCAACGAGACGGAGACACGCUUCGCCGUCUACCAAUACCCCGAACUCGUCCAGGGCACCGCCACCAUGUCUAGGGAAACGACGGUAAGGAGAAGGCUGAAACCCCAGCCAACGAACUAA